AUGUCGGAUGUGGGUGACAUGGCUGAACACGCUGCUUCAAUGACGGUUAACGCAGGGUCAUCAGACUCUCAGCCGGAGCUCUAUCGAAAUAGUGGAGUUGCUGAGAUUCAUGAUGAGACAAAUCACUUCACCGUCAGAGUCCCAGUCUCCGGUCAACAAGAAGAUGUUAAUCUUCAAUCAGCAACGCCGGGGGCAGAGAACGGCAAUCAGCAUCCUCGACCUCGUCAACAGCCAAAGGUCUUUACCGCGCAAACCGGUGAACCCAAGCCAUCUCGACCUAUCAGCAUGAUUUCAAGACCUACAUCUGUCGUAGGGUAUAGCUGGGCCUUUCCACUCGCUGGAAUUCCAGAGAUAGAGUAUCCAGCAUUGGAAUUCUUCUCCGCUGGGUUUCAAUAUGGUCUUACAAAUGGCGUUCAAAUCGCAGAGAAUUCUGCCUCGAUCCUUAAGCAGCUGCUAGCCCGCCAGAACGCGUACAAGCUCAAAGGCGACCCAACAGCUGACCCAGAAGCGGCGACAGAACUUAUCAAGGACUUGAAAAAAGCAAGCGAGUUUAAAUUCUCGAGCGCUAAAACGAUUGCGUUCUUAGGAAAUUCCGGGGAAGGGAAAAGCAGUUCGAUAAAUUCGUUACUCGACAUUCCGAAUCUAGCGGCAGCGGCGGACCUCGGUAAAGCUUGUACUUCCAUCGUCACCGAGUACAGACAAAGGAGGCUCGGUCAAACUGAACGCUUUAUGAUCGAGGUAGAAUACCUCUCAGAUGCGAGUAUCAGAGACCACAUUCAAGAGCUAGUGUGGAGUUUUCGUCGCAUGAUCCUCCCUGAUGUGGCUGCGAACCUCGCCUGGGCAUCUCUCAACACGGCCUUCGGCCAUAAAAAGAAGUUCGAUCGAGAGUUCCUCUUGAAUCAGUCGGAAGGAGCAUUUGAGCGUAUCACAAAUCUGCUAUACCAGUGGACUGCCUCCAUUCCAUGGCCAGAAGGUGGUAAAAAUGGCAAGUGGACAGCAUUUGCAAAGACUACAGAUGAAUGCUAUGAGAUGACCAGGCUCUUUACGCAUCAAAUGAUGUGGUCUUUCACGAAAAUCAUUCGAGUAUACACCGAUGCUCCCAUUCUGAGGACAGGUUAUGUGAUCACAGAUCUUCCAGGCCUCCAGGAUACAAAUCUUGCGAGAGUGAAAGCAGCUCAAGAGUAUCUUACGAAGUGCGACUACGUGUUCAUCGUUGUCCGGAUUCAACGUGCCAUCACCGACCAGUCGGUGAAGUCUUGCUUGCAUGCUGCCAUCACUCAAAAUGUCCCUCUUGGGGCGGAUGAUUCUCCCAGAAAAGGAUUGAAAGUUGCGAUAAUAUGCACCAAAUCAGAGGAUAUUGACAUUGAAAAUGCGGAAAGAGAGCUCAUUGGUCCGACAAUGUUCUCUACAAAAGGUCUAGAUUUAGCCAUUGAGGAAGCCAAACAAAGAAAGCGUUAUGAUCAGCAGCGUGAUCUUGAGGAGCAAAAAACAAGCCUCUACAUAGCAGCGCGCAACAAUCACGUCAAGGAAGGACUUCAAGCCGCGUAUGCUGAACAAUUCAAAGGCAACUCCUUGAAUGUCUUCUGUAUAUCCAACAGUCUCUAUAAGAAGCGACUCGAGGUACAAAGUGGAAGCAGCCCCAUGCUGGUCAAUUCAAGUGGCAUUCAUGAACUGCGAAGGUUUUUUUAUUCAAUGGCUGCAGAAGCGAGGUUCCAUGACGCCAAGCAUUUUCUUCGAGUUUCGUUGCCUGAAGCCAAAAGAUCUUCAGACAGUCUUGAUGUGGCUGAUAUCCUUGGCUUCGAGAGCAAAAUACUCCUCACUAUCGACAAUGCGAAGAAGGAAUUUGAUGGAAUGUUCCGGGAGCUGAUUCUCGAAUUUUUCGAUCAGCGCCAUGCAGUUUGGAAUGAAGCCGCCGUCACUCGGGGCUUAAAGUGGGCUCAUUGGCCGUUGGUCGAACACACCCAGCUCUGUCUUAACUACGGUAAGGGCAUAAGCAGUACCACUGGACAACAAGUGAAUUGGAAUAGCGAGAUUGUUUGGAAAAUGCGCACAGAGCUCGAAUUUCAAUGGGACCUCCUUGUUGAAGGGAUUCCAAAGCUGUUCGCAAAUCUUUCGGCUCUUAACAUGAUAAAUUUGAGGGACCUGAAGCUCAAGCUAGCCUGCAAUCGUUUCCCCUAUCCAAUGGUGCACAGCAUUGAUUACAGAAUCGAAGAGAUUAUGGGCUUCGUUGAGAAAUCACAGGAAGAUUUGAAAUCAGAAAUUGAUGCAAUCCGCGCGAAAACCAUGGAGACUAAUGAAGCUUCCUAUGUUAUGAGGGAGAUGAUACCUGUUUAUCGAUCUGGGAUCAAGCAUGACGGCUCGUCUCUUUUCAAGGCCAACUCGAAAGUCGGUCAGGAGGUAAUCCAGAGUGUUUUGGAGAGUGAAACUCUCUUCCCUAAUAUCGCCAAGGUGGUUACCGAGGCUGCCGCAGCUUCAUCUCAAUUGGUGUUCAAAGAAUUGAGAGACACUUUUGCAAGGGUGUGGUGUCACAUCAUGAGUGAUGUCCACUAUGUUCUGGUGAAAAAUGAAAUGGACAUCCAAAACGAAGAGCGUAUGAAGCUAGAGGAGAAACAGUAUUUGGCACAGCUUCAAGAGAAGCUGAAGCGCUUGGAGACAAAGUACAAAGUUGUUCUUGACUCUGUUAAGCACUAUAUGGAAUCUGAUUAG